AUUGAGUGAUCAAAGAGCCAAAUUGCUUUACUGCUGCUUCUCUGCACACUUGCCCUACCCGUUAUCGUUGCCGUCGGAAGUCGCCUCGCAGAUGUUCAGUGCUGUGGCUUUUCGCGACAUCGUGCUGUUUUAAGCUCGUCUUCUGUCCUGCCUUCCAUGAACCCGAAGGAUCUACUACGGUACCUGUCUAAGCCUGCCAAAUCGCGCGUAGGCCCCGAUAACACGCCUAAACCCCACCUUUUUUCUUCAGUCGCGCAAACCUCACUUUUUCCUCUCCCACAUUUAAAAAAGCAGAUACUCUCGUCUGCUAGACCCGAUACUUUCGCCGGUAUCGGUAUCUUCCAGCACGAGGGUCACGACGAUAUAGUCACCAUUCCCUUUUCCAGAGGCUUUUUCCUCCUUUCCCUCUCGUUCCGCCCUCCCUAGCAGCCCUUCAGGCUUCUACCGAAUCUACCCCUCUUUGGCUGAGUGCCAAUUACCUUCAAAAAGA